AUGCUCAAUCUUGUCACAAAAGUCACCGCCUCUGUGGCUAGCAUAUCGGCACAUAAGCCUAUCCAUUUCACCAUCUUGACUUCAUUUUUGGCGUCCAUUGCAUAUUUGGCGGUCGUUGACGAGUAUAUUCCUGAAUCUUUCGACAACUCGGGCCUGGUUUCCUACUAUCAUCCACCAGGCUCGUCCACCUACAAUGGUUGGACUAAAGUUGAAGACGUCUCGCUACACGCGGACGCAGACCAAAUUUCUCUUGUUCCGUUGGUGUUUAAGCGCAUGAGCCAGAACCCCAUUCCGGAAAUCGAGAACACCUUUCCUGGUGUCUCCAGCGAUCGCAUUUUGAUUGUGCCUUCGCGUAAAGUCGACCAGUCUUUGGCAGACUUGUCCAAGAUCACCUACGAGGGUAUCACUUGGAAAACCAAAGGAAACAACAUGUUGCGCCGUUAUAUCUCGUACUUAAAGAGUGGCGCCAAGCGACUCAAGGCUUUGACCGAAGGUGCUGAGAAGUUUGACAUUUCCCUCAUUGCAGUGGCCUACUUUGCCAUGAUCUACACGAUUUUGAAAGUUUUCAUCGACUUGAGGGAAGGAGGCUCAAAGUUUUGGCUUGCAUUUUCAACCAUCUUGUCCUCUGCAUACGCUUUCAUCUUUGCUUUAGCCGUAACCACCAAAUUUUUGAACGUCAAGGUUUCUUUGCUCAGUUUGACUGAAGGUAUUCCUUUCUUGACUGCAGUUGUGGGCUUUAAACAUAAGAUAUCCAUCGCGUCUACUGUUACCCGUGCAUCAUCAAACCAGGACGAUGUUAAACACAUUGUUUCUUCUGUGAUCGCCAAUCACUCUGUCAGCUUGCUUAGAGACAAUCUCAUUGUUAUUGCUGCUUUCUUGAUUGCUUUUUUCUCUAUUGACCAGAUGGAAGGCUUGAGAAAUUUUUGUCUUUUAAGUGGCCUCAUUUUGCUCUUUGACUUGAUGCUUGUUUACACUUUCUAUGCUGCUGUUUUGGCAUUGAAGGUGGAAAUCAACAGAGCCCGCAGAACUCACGAAUUGCAAGAUGCCUUGGAAGAAGAAGGUGUGUCUUCGUUUGUCGCUGCUAAUAUUGCUUCUCGUGCUUCCAAAGCUGAGUACAAGGGACAGUCCCGUUUUGGCUCUUCUGUUGUAUCUGUUAAAGUGGCAUUGCUUGGUUUGUUUAUUGCAAUCCAUGCAUUUUGGAUUGGGAGCUCUUGGUUGUACGAAACUGCAUCAUUCUCUGGAUCGUCAGCUCCUGAAACAUUGGAAUUAUCAAAAAAUGCCGCUAAACAUAUUACUGUGGGUCCACAUGGUACUGUUGUUACUAUUCUCGCCUCGAGGAUUUAUGUCCCUGUGGGAGUGAUGUCCAUGAUUGAAGACUUCGUGUUCGCUAUUAUUGAAAAAGUUUCCAGUGCAAUCAGAGACAGCAUUAUUUCGAAGUUCUUGUUGUUUGGUUUUGCCAUUUCUAUCUCGACAAACGCUUACUUUUUGAAUGCCACCAGAUUCCAGCGCAACGCCGCAAACAUGUUAAUUGAAUCCCAGCCAAAGCAGAAGGUUAUCGAAAAAAUCAGAACUGUUCCCUCCUUUGAAAGUGAUACUGACGAUUCGGCUUCAACAUCGGAUGGAGCGCUCGAUUUGACUGUUCCUGCCAGGAUUCUUCCUCUUGAAGAAUGUAUCAAGAAAAUGAAAGAAGGCAAAGUUAAGGAACUCAAUAAUAGUGAGGUUUCGUCUUUAGUUGUGGCUGGCCAGUUACCUUUGUAUGCAUUGGAAAAACAAUUGGGCAACAAUGCUCGUGCCGUUGUUGUGAGACGCAAAGCCAUUGCCAAAUUGGCUAAUGCUCCCGUUUUAGAAAGCAAUAAGUUGCCCCAUGCUCAUUACGAUUACGAUCGCGUGUUUGGGGCCUGUUGUGAAAACGUCAUUGGUUACAUGCCAUUGCCAGUAGGUGUGGCUGGUCCUUUGAUAAUCGAUGGAACUCCUUACCACAUCCCAAUGGCAACUACUGAGGGAUGUUUGGUUGCUUCUACUAUGCGUGGUUGCAAGGCCAUCAAUGCUGGUGGUGGUGUAGAAACCAUUAUCACGCAGGAUGGAAUGACCAGAGGUCCAUGUGUUUCGUUUUCUUCUUUGGCAAGAGCCGGUGCUUGUAAGCUCUGGUUGGAUUCUGAAGAAGGGCAGAAGACCAUCAAAAAGGCUUUCAACUCUACAUCGAGAUUUGCACGCUUGCAGCACAUCAAAACCGCAAUCGCUGGUACGUUGCUAUUCAUUCGUUUCAAAACCACUACUGGUGAUGCAAUGGGAAUGAACAUGAUUUCCAAAGGUGUCGAAUAUUCGUUGAAAUACAUGGCUGAGGAAUGCGGCUGGGAUGAUAUGUCCGUGAUUGCCGUUUCCGGAAACUACUGUACGGACAAGAAGCCAGCUGCCAUCAAUUGGAUUGAAGGCAGAGGAAAGUCAGUUGUUGCCGAAGCAAGAAUCCCGCUGGAAGUGGUGCAAAAAGUGUUGAAAUCCGACGUCGACGCGUUGGUGGAGUUGAAUAUCAGCAAGAAUUUGAUUGGUUCUGCCAUGGCAGGCUCCGUUGGAGGUUUCAAUGCACACGCUGCAAACUUGGUUACUGCCGUGUACUUGGCAUGUGGUCAGGAUCCAGCACAGAACGUCGAGUCGUCCAACUGUAUGACCCUUAUGAACAGGUUGCCUAAUGGAGACUUGCAAAUUUCCGUGUCCAUGCCAUCCAUUGAAGUGGGUACUAUCGGAGGAGGAACCAUCUUGGAACCUCAAGGUGCAAUGUUGGAAUUGUUGGGCGUGCGUGGUCCACAUCCAACCAAUCCGGGUGAUAAUUCUCGUCGCCUUGCAUGUAUUGUUGCCUCUGCCGUUUUGGCUGCCGAGCUUUCGCUUUGUUCUGCGUUGGCUGCGGGCCAUUUGGUUCAGUCGCACAUGCAACACAACCGUAAAGGUGCCGCCGCACCAGCUGCCGAAACAAAGAAGGUUCCGGACGUCCAGCGUCUCCAAGAAGGGUCCGUCACUUGUAUUAAGUCGUGA